AUGUGUCCGAUCAGAGUAUCGGAGCCGUCCACGUCUCGGUUGAAAAAUCCAAGUCAGUGGCGCAAAGCAAACCCAUGUGGCGCAAGCCAAGGGGAACAUCGAAAAUCAACGGCUGAGAUUCGUUGCUGUUUAGUCACUCCUUUUUUCGAGGAUUAUCGAUAUAUUGAAUGGAUUUCAACUUUGAUAUUACAUUGUCGUUCAUCUGUUAGUUCAGCUUUCAUGCAACCAGAGAAGAAGAAGAAGAAGAUACCACGGCUCUAUUCUCCGUCGGGAAAAGAUCUCCGGCAAAUGACUUCAGAUAUGGCCGACGAAAUGAGUCAGCUCACAAUGAUCGAAACCAAGAAUAAUGGCCGUCGUAAAAGAUUGCCAAUCCGACGAGUGAAGUACACUUACCAGACCAGGACACAGAUAUCCAUGAUCACGGAAAGCAAAAACUUUGAAAGCUUCUCCGGCAAUAAUCGUUGCCUGGAAAAAGGGGGAAGCCAAAAUGGUGAAUCGAAUUCCGCAGGUGAGAGUACUUUAACGGAGAUAUCACUGUCGGUGCUGUCGUCUUCUACGGAUGUAAAUAUAAACUCUUCCUCAUCAGGUUCUCAAAACGGCGUCGUUUCAUCCGGUUUCGGAGACAGGGCUGGGGGAGAUUCACACGGGUGGGUGUCGCUGAUAGGGAUGAGGAGAGAGAUGGAGGAUACGGUGAAAGUGGAGCUAGGUUUUGUAGCUACCGAAAGCGGAAAGUACGACUUCUUCGGCGUUUACGACGGGCAUGGUGGUGCGCGCGUGGCGGAAGCGUGCAGGGAAAGGCUCCAUAGAGUUUUAGGAGAGGAAAUUGCAGCGUGGGGAGGAAAUGGGAGGAAGAGGGUGGAUUGGGAGAAAGUGAUGGAACAGGGAUUUGAGAGGAUGGAUGAGGAGGUGCGUGAAACGGGGCGUUUUGAUGCGUCGGUGAAAACGAUGGGGUCGACGGCGGUGGUGGCGGUGGUGGGGAAAGAAGAAGUGGUGGUGGCUAACUGCGGGGAUUCCAGGGCUGUUAUUGCUCGUGGUGGUUCUCCUUUGGCCUUGUCUACUGAUCAUAAGCCUGACAGGGUUGAUGAAUUGGAGAGAAUUGAAGGCGCCGGUGGAAGGGUCAUAAACUGGAAUGGCCACCGUGUCUUGGGAGUUCUUGCUACCUCCAGAUCCAUAGGUGAUCAGUACCUCAAACCCUUCAUAAUCUCCAAACCAGAAGUAAUAGUACUCGAGCGGACCGAAGCCGAUGAGUUCCUCAUUCUAGCAAGCGAUGGCUUGUGGGAUGUCGUAUCGAAUGAAGAAGCAUGUCGUAUUGUGAGGAAAUGCCUUAAUGGCAAUGGCCAAGUGCAUGGCUAUAAGGUUGUGCAAGAAAAAUCAGUAGCUGCGAUGGCAGCGUUAGUGUUGGCAGAGUUAGCCAUGGCUCGAGGUAGCAGAGACAAUAUUAGCGUUGUGGUUGUCGAGUUAAACAGGUUCAACUUUUGUAAGUACAUUUAAUUAGUUUUUUUUUUUUUUUCAUAUGGAAGGUUAAAUUGUGUAUUAA